CGUUUUGCAACGAAUCGAGGCGAACGAGUCGAACUCAGAAGAAACGCGACGCAUUCGAGGAAAGGGAAGAUUUUCGCGGUUAGGUGUGCGCGCCUGUUCACCGAACACAGUGAAUUUCUCUUCGCAGCUGACGAGAAUUCCGAGUCGAUGAGAUCGAAGCAGAGGGACGCGAGCUGAAAACGCGCGGCCGCCGUCGUUGAAGGCUACUUAAAACGACCGUUGAGCACUCGUCGGGGUGCUCGAAUUACCUACAACAGGUGGCCCGCAACUCCGCCAAUACGAGCGAAACAUCUGCAACUCCGGGCGGCUUGUGGGAGUGCAGCAAGUGCCUGGACGAGAUGCGGCUGAUGCAGAGGUUGGCGAUCAGCGGACUCCUGUCCGUGAUACUGAUCGUCCUUCUCACCGGCACGUUCGUCACGCGUCGUGAUCUCGCGAACGUGGUGGAGCGUGGGGCGGCGCCCGAGGAGCGCGGCAACGAGCAGCAGCAGCAGCAGCAGCAGGCGAACCCCCCCGCAUGGGUGCAGAGUAACGUGAUCCCGGGCCAGGACGAGGCGAAACCCCCCCUCGAAGAUAAGGAUCGAUGGGCCGACUCGAGGCAGAGACAGUCGGAGCCGUCCGCGGUCGGGCCCCCGCCGCUCCCCGUCCCCGGCCCCUACGUCAUUAAACCGCCUAAUCCACCCCUGGAUGACGUGACUAAUCAGCGCCGCGAGAAGAUCAAAGAGAUGAUGAAACAUGGCUGGGACAACUACGUGAGAUACGCGUGGGGGAAGAACGAGCUGAGACCGAUCUCGAAGAGGGGUCACAGCGCGAGCAUCUUCGGCGCGUCGAACAUGGGGGCGACCAUCGUUGACGGCCUCGACACUCUCUACAUCAUGGGCCUUCACGACGAAUUCAAGCAAGGCCGGGACUGGAUAGCCGAGAACCUCGACUUCGAUAUCAUUAUCGUGCUUCUAAAAUCUGAAAUUACAUUACGAAAUUAUAUUCUUACGUUGUCUGAGACUUUUCCUCUACUGCUAUUUUUUUUACGAUAUAUUUACUAUAUUACAAUUAUUCCAUACGUUGAAUUUUUAUUCAAUCACAUACGUACAGAAGAACAUUCGUUACAAGAUACGACAGAAAUACAAAUACAAACGAAAUAUCUUGAUAUUUCUAGUCAUAUCAUCUACUUUUUUGGCUGCGUGACUUUCGCUUUUAUUGCAGCGAGCAUCAUAUUCCUAGUGAAUCCGAUAAUAUUGGAUUCCAUAAUGCCUUUAAACGAAUCUCGCGUUCAUUUCAAUGUCUCCUUUCUUUUCGACGAUCAAAGCUUGUAUAUUAAAAUUUUUUUAAUCUUAAACUGCAUGUUAAAUGUAUCAUUGGGAUUAUUAUGUAUAAUGGGUACAGAAUUGCUCACUAAUAUUUUUAGUUAUUAUAUAUGCAGACAAUUUCAUAUCGCCAGUUAUCGAAUACGAAAAAUCAUUGAGGAUCUCAGUAUGCCUCUAUCCAAGCAAAUAGAAUUGAAACUUAUAGACAUACAUCGAGUUGUGGACAUUCAUAACGACGCAAUCAAGCAUAUUAAUUUAGCCACAAGUAAUGCAGCGACACAAUAUCUGCUGGCAAUUGUUGUCUGCAUAUUGUCAUUCUCUGUAAAUCUUUAUCGCGUAAGUAAUUUUUAAUGUAUUGCAAUUUAUCAA